CCGCAGCAGCUUGUGAAAAUCGCGCAAGUUCCUCUCCGCAGAGGAGCUGUACGGCGAUGAACGUUUCUGGUUCUCCUUCGGUGGGUUUUCGGUUCCUCUGUUUUUAAGAAAACGGUUCUGCUGCAUUCUCGGCCAAGUUCCUGCUGCCGGGCUGGGCGGUUUUCUCCCCCAGCCCUUGGGCUGAAGCAACAGUGGACUUAGCUCGCUGAGAUCCAACCUCCUCCCCCGCUCGGGAAAGAAAAUAUGGGAUGUAUAAAAUCCAAACGGAAAGACACUCUGCAUGGAGAUGGGCUAGAUUUGAAGACCCAACCAGUACGUAAAACUGAAAGAACUAUUUAUGUGAGGGAUCCAACGUCCAAUAAACAGCAAAGGCCAGCACAUGAUGAUGCCCUUUUACCAGGUCAGAGGUUCUGUAAGGAAGAGGAAGAAAAGGAACAUCAGGACAUUGUAAUAGCCUUGUAUCCUUAUGAUGGCAUUCAUGAAGAUGAUUUGUCUUUCAAAAAAGGAGAAAAAAUGAAGAUUCUGGAGGAACAUGGAGAAUGGUGGAAAGCUAAGUCCCUUUUGACCAAGAAUGAAGGCUUUAUCCCAAGCAACUAUGUUGCAAAAGUCAACACCUUAGAAACAGAAGAAUGGUUCUUUAAAGACAUAACCAGGAAAGAUGCAGAAAGGCAACUUUUAGCCCCAGGAAAUGCUCCUGGAUCAUUCUUGAUCAGAGAGAGUGAAACAUUGAAAGGUAGCUUCUCUCUGUCCAUCAGGGAUCACGAUGGACAACAUGGUGAUGUUGUCAAGCACUACAAAAUUAGGAGUCUAGACAAUGGAGGCUAUUACAUUUCUCCAAGAAUUACUUUUCCCAGUAUCAGUGAUAUGAUCAAACAUUACCAAAAGCAACCAGAUGGCUUAUGCAGAAAACUGGAGAAAGCAUGCAUUAAUCCCAAACCACAGAAACCAUGGGAUAAAGAUGCCUGGGAGAUCCCUCGGGAAUCAAUAAAAUUAGUGAAAAAGCUUGGAGCUGGCCAGUUUGGAGAAGUCUGGAUGGGUUACUACAAUAACAAUACCAAAUUAGCUGUGAAAACCCUGAAGCCUGGCACAAUGUCUGUGCAAGCAUUCCUGGAGGAAGCUAACCUCAUGAAAACACUUCAGCAUGACAAGUUGGUCAGACUAUACGCUGUAGUCACUAAAGAAGAACCUAUUUAUAUAAUAACUGAGUACAUGGCCAAAGGUAGCUUACUGGAUUUUCUGAAGAGUACAGAAGGUGGAAAAUUACAACUUCCCAAACUCAUUGACUUCUCAGCUCAGAUUGCAGAAGGGAUGGCAUACAUAGAGAGAAAAAACUACAUACAUCGAGAUCUGAGAGCAGCUAAUGUUCUUGUCUCCGAGUCUCUGAUAUGCAAAAUUGCUGAUUUUGGACUUGCUAGAGUAAUUGAAGACAAUGAAUAUACAGCCAGGGAAGGUGCAAAGUUCCCCAUCAAAUGGACAGCACCAGAAGCAAUUAACUAUGGCUCCUUUACUAUUAAGUCUGAUGUGUGGUCCUUUGGAAUUCUUCUGUAUGAAAUAAUUACUUAUGGGAAAAACCCAUAUCCAGGUAUGAGUAAUUCUGAAGUAAUGAUGGCUCUUCAACGAGGAUACCGCAUGCCACGUAUGGAAAACUGCCCAGUGGAGCUCUAUGAUAUCAUGAAAACAUGCUGGAAAGAUAGUGCAGAAGAGAGACCAACAUUUGAAUAUUUACAGAGUGUUCUUGAUGACUUCUACACAGCUACAGAAGGACAAUACCAGCAACAGCCAUAGUAGGGAAAAGGCAGAUUGGCAUAUAUUUCUCAAAAGGACAACAUGGUUGAGCGAGUUAUUUUAGAGAUUAGGAUAUCUUCAUUGCCUGUGAUUCCUGAUAUCAAAGACUGCAACUCAAAUGGACAAAUGCUCAACAUCCUGCUUAAGGAUUUAAAUUCUUUCAAUGAUUUCUUGUAUUUUGCUUAAACAUGUAGAUAAGAUGAACAUGUAUAAAGUAAGAUACAGCUGCAAAUGCAAUGAACAGAAACAAAACCUCAUGAAGACAAUCAGAAGAUACAAUAAGUGGCCAAGGACAGGAUCCCUCACAUGAUCUGGUUUAGGGCCAGACUAGAUGUUACACAGGAGAUGCAUGAGUGACCUCUGCCCGCUUUGUUUUUACUGAAAAGCUGCUGACAGAAGGGUAGGGAAAAUGGAAGCCUGCAUCAUUUGUUUAUCCUUUUACCAGCCUUUUCCUGCCUAACUGCAGGAUAAAAGACACAAAAGCCUAGCCAUAUCUGCUUUCACUGAUGGGAAGGAGACCAGCUUGGAGGAUCAACAAUGCAGUGGUGGAAAGUUUAAUCAUCCCUUGCCUCCGGCCAUCUGCUCACACUGGCAGCCUGGUGCAGCUGCUUUUCAUGUAGAUGCAGUGUGUGCACACAUCUCUUUCACAACAUCUAGCUUGGCCUUCAAGCAGUACUUUUCUGUUGCCACUUUGCGAACUGGAUUGUAUGAUGGAGGCUUAAAUUUUGAAGGCUGCUGGAGCAUCUGUAUUAGUGAACCUUUUAGAACUUAAUAUGGAAUUGUGCUGUGGUAACGGUGUUAAACCAGCAUCAGGAAAAAAGCAUAUCCUGCUUUCAGUAGGUAACCAUUUUUAAACAUAGUGUGAUGGUUGUACAUCACCCUACUCUAAGCUUACAUACCACAAUAGGUCAUUGAAAGGGCCCAGGGUAAAUUCGAAAUGCAGUAUGUUCAUAACUGAUGAUUUAGGAUAAACUUGGUCAAGGCCAAAACCCUUUUAAAAGAAAAUUGGUGGUAACAAACUGAAAUGCUGAAAGUUUUGGUCAAGCUCAAACUUCACUCUUUAAGGCACGAUUUUAAAAGUACUAAAUGUGCUGUGGGUAUCUAACAGUGCCAGUGAUGAGAGUUUGACUUGAAAAUAGCCUUAGGCAGCAUUUCCUGAAUUAACCUUAGAUUGUCACAGUUCUCUUUCAUGGUUACAUAUUGAAUUACUAUUUUGUAAAAUGCUACAUUUGUUAUUACAAAUGGCACAAUUUACUUAGGAUAUAUAACCAAAUUUUUUGUUGUGCAUAUUAUGUAGGAAGGGAACGUGUGAUAGAAUGAAAAUGGAUUUGCAAAUCAAACUUAAAGAUCAAUAGGCUUCAUACUAAACCAAAAGCUGGAUGGGAAAACGUGAGAGCUAUUUCACUGUGUGUGCCUUAGCUUUUCUCUGACUAGAGCUAUAUUGUUUUGCCAAGGUUACUGAGAGCUUUUCUCAGGAAGGUGACUUGAAAAAUGCUUAUUCAGGAUGUGAUUACUAUAGAAGUAUCAUGAUUUGAACUAUGUACAGCCCCACAAACUAAUAGCUGUACACACGCCAUUCAUUUCUGAAGAAUCCAGACUGGUGACCAAACAGUCAUUGUGUAAAUAUUUCAAUUUUACUGUGAUUUUAAUAAAUCAUACUUGAAACUUUGAA